AUGGGACCCUCGCGCAAUCCUCGAGGCAAGUACAACUACUCUGAGGAAAUGCUUUCUACCCUCCAUAUAUGCCGGUUUUGCGGCAAACAGUUCAAGGUACAGGGUAUCAAAAGGCACGAAAUCAGCUGCAAAAAACAACAAGAAUUACAGAAAGAACAAGCCGAACGUGGGAAGGAGUUCGAAAGAGAAAGAUGCAAGGCUCGAAAAAAGGCUCAACUACUAGAUGAUCGUGCUUCAAUCAGUGCAUCUGUUGCACCAUGGCAGCAUCUAUCUCAAUCGGACGCUGGUUCUUCCCAUGCUGUUUGUGAACAUGUAGAUAGUGAUAUCUAUGGGGAUGAUGGCAAUGGCUUUGAUCCUUUGGUUGAUAGCAAUCAAUUGAACCACGAUGACUACAGCGGGAAUAGUAAUGAUCCUACAACCGUGGACACAUCCGUGGAAAGCACUUCCAAUAUAUCUACUGAAUUGCCAUCACGAUCAUGCCCACUAUCUACUGCUUCCCUCCAACUGCCCACUGAAUUUAAAACAGAGUACCAUCCACGCAGUCGUCGGCCCGUUUUGCACCAGCCAUAUGAAGAAUUUGGAAUCAACAAUGCUGCUUCGCCCACUAUGGUUGACUCCAUGCCAUGGAAACCAUUCAAAACUCGAGGCGAUUAUCUUUUUGCAGAGAUCGCCCUUGAUGCUGGAUUGAACAAGACUCAAGUCAAUGGAUUAUUGGAACUUUUCCUUCUUGUAACCAAAGGUAUGGAGCAGGUGACGAUGAAGAACGAUGCUGAGUUGCGGAAGGCAUGUGAUAAUGCAGGAGCCAAAUUAACACCUUUCACCAAGCACAUCAUCUCUGCGCCAUACAAGGGCAAGGAGAUGGAGUUUGAGGUUCAUACUCGGCCAGUCGGGGACUGGGCUCUUGACCUGCUUGCUGACCCACAAUUAGCCCCACACUUUGUCUGGGAUGCUGAAUGGGUUUACAAACACAAUGGGGAAGAGUAUGAAUGCUUUUAUGGUGAGCCUUGGACAUGUGAUCACUGGUGGGACAUACAGUCUCAGCUUCCUGCUGAUGUUGAAAAUGCUGUACCAUUCUGUUUUAUAUUGUAUGCUGACAAGACAAGGCUUUCGUCUCAUGGCACUGUGAAAGGGUACCCUGUAGUUGUUUGGUGUGCUAAUCUCCCUGUAGACAUCUGGAAUUCUGAGUCCGUUGGAGGAGGUUGUGUUGUCGGCUGGCUUCCGAUUAUCCCAGAGGAUGCAGCUGAGGAAGGUAAACUUGGCUAUACAACUUUGAAACGUGUUGUUUGGCAUGAAAGUGCCAUCAAAUUAUUUGAGGCCAUGGUUCACUUCUCGGCAACUGGCUUUCAGCAUAGGUGUUGGGACGAGAUUAUAUGGUAUCUUUUCCCAUUGUUUUUGAUACUAUCUGCGGACUAUGAGGAACAAUGUAUGAUGUCUUUAAUUCAAGGUUGGAAUGGCAAGGCUCCAUGCCCUAUAUGCCUCGUGCCACUUGAAUUACUCCACGACAUUUCUAAGACUUUUGCUCUUCGCAAUGCAGGGCAAGGAGAGGAAGCAUUGUACUCUGACCCUCACUUGGCACUGAGUUUUGAUCGCUUGCAUGUCCUCCACCUGGGAUUGUGGGGAAAACAUCUCUUUGAAGAUCUGAAGAUCAUUUUGAGGUACCUUGGACGUGAUGCAGAAGCAACGGUUGAACGACUUACAAAGGAGUUUCCAUGCUGGUGGAAACUGUUUUGUUUCACAGCCAUCCUCAAGGUGACAUUUAAUGAUGGGAAUAAGUUUGCUGACCUAUCUAUUCAAGUUUUUUAUCCCACAUUAAGUAUCCUUAUGAAGGCAGCAUGUCCCGAGGGAUAUCUCCUUCUUGGCCUUAUCAGCAGCUAUCUACAACUUGAUAGUCUGAUCGGCCUCGACAUCCAAACCGAUCGCAUGCUCUCUGCCAUUGAAACUGAGCUUCUUGUUUUCAACAAAAGGCUACAGUUAGCUCGCUCGGAUGUCACGUUCACUUUCAUAGGCAUACAAAGAGCGCGCAAUGAACUCUUCCAUCCCAGGUCUCAAGGUAGAUUGGGACUUUCCGAAGGUGCACCUGUGGAAACACAUGGUGCGUGA